UAGAAGUCGCAAUGCCAGUCGGGACGUUGGAGGACUGUCUGCCUGCGCUGAGGCAAGGUGCGUGUCCCCAGUGUCCGCUUCGGUCGCCCGGUUAGGAAUGCGCCUCACGAACUCGUUUGUCGGUGAUAUGUUUCAAUAGACGUUGUACGACGCGGCGAAUUACGAAGAAUCAUGCUUGGAUAUUGUUCAUGCAACUAAUAUCUUGCGUCAAAGUUAGAUUUGAGCCGCUAGCUCGGGUUAGCUAGUUCCCCGGAAUCACACAUAGCACGCUAAGCUACCUGUGUGUAGCAUACUUGCUAGCGCUGGCAAGUCUCUAGCUAGUGAGCUAGUCUUCGUGUGUUGCUGGACUACCCAGUCGAGCCAGUUGGAACAGGCUCGAUUGCUGCACACAGGCGAUAUUUCCAGAAGGUUUGGUGGCAAGCCGGUUUGGGAGAACGCGACGGGGUAGACGUGCGUCAGGAGCGGCUGAUGAGUUCGGAUCAGGGCGGAGAGCCGCCGCUGCUGCAGGAGGAGGCUGAUCCGGGACCGGCCACCGGUGGGAAGGACGAGGCUCCACUUGGGACCGAGGAAGGGUCAGGCGGCAUGGUCACCUCCAAGGGAGUCGGUCUGAACCCUAACGCCAAGGUGUGGCAGGAGAUCCCAGUGGUCUCCAGCGAGGUGGCGGCUGAUGCAACUCCCUGGUCACCUUCAGAUGUCAAUGACGCAUAUUCUGAGUCUAGUGGGUGCAAGCCCUACGCCGUGGGAUUCACAGCUCUGGACGAGGGCCUGUCCACCGACACCAACGUGGUCAUGGUGAAUGGAAUGGACCCACCGGAGCUCGGCUUCUCCCCUGCCGAGUCAAUCACCGGAACCUCGGUGGAACCCAAGGCGGAGGAGCCACCAGUCUCUUCUGAGAACUUGCGUGAGUCUCUGAAGAAGGAGCUGGAGUUUUACUUCUCCCGGGAAAACCUCUCGAAGGACUUGUACUUGAUGUCCCAGAUGGACAGCGACCAAUUUGUUCCCGUUUGGACUAUAGCGAGCAUGGAGGGCAUCAAGGCACUCACCACGGACAUGGAUCUGAUCCUUGACGUCUUGAGAACUUCUCCGAUGGUCCAAGUGGACGAGAAGGGGGAGAAAGUGCGUCCAAAUCACAAGCGCUGCAUCAUCAUUCUGAGGGAGGUCCCGGAAACCACUCCUGUCGAGGAAGUCGAAGCUCUCUUCAAAAAUGAGAACUGUCCGAAAGUGAUAAGCGUGGAGUUUGCGCAUAACAACAACUGGUACAUCACAUUCCAAUCAGAUACGGACGCUCAACAGGGACACAAAUACUUGAGGGAGGAAGUCAAAACAUUUCAGGGGAAACCAAUCAUGGCGAGGAUAAAGGCAAUCAACACGUUCUUUGCAAAGAACGGAUACCGGAGCAUGGACAACAGCAUGUAUGCCCAACCAUCGCAGGCCCAGUCCCAGUUCAACUCUCCUCUCUACAUGCAACAUAUCUACCCACAGCAGCAGUACCCUGUGUACGGCAUCGUGCCCCCCACCUGGACGCAGUCCCCCACCCCCUAUUUUGAAACCCCUCUGGCACCCUUUCCAAACAAUAGCUUUGUGAAUGGCUUUGGCUCUGCUGGACACUACAAAACUGGAUCCAACUCGCUCAAUAUGACUCGGCCCUUCAACCGAAACCGUGUGCCCCUCUAUUCAAGAAAGAAUGUAAUAAAUGCCUUCAGGAACCACGUGAAGCCCCAGGGUAGGACGGGCGAAGUGGCCCCUGCGUCCGUCACACCGGUCCCCCUGGAGAGUCUGACCGGCCUGCGGAGUCCCCAGCCCCUAUCUUGUGUCUCCAACAACACCACUAGCAACCACGGCAACAGCCAUGCUCAGACACCCGCUGACCUGGCCUCUGCCUUCCCACAUCUCUCUGCCGCUACUUCCCCACUGGACCUAAACGACGACGGCGGCAUGGCGGGACGUGGCCGGAGGAGCACUACCUACCGAGGAACGCGCAGGCGGCGGGAGGACGACCGCAUCACGAGGCCUGCGGUGCCCAUCGAGGUCAAGCCGUCUCCACCCAAGUUUGACUUGGCGGCCAACAACUUCCCCCCUCUCCCCGGCUGUGUGGUCAGCACGCAGGGCGAGCCUGUGCUCGAGAACCGCAUGUCAGACGUUGUACGCGGUUUGAACAGGGACAAGACGGAGCAGCCCAGCAAGGAGGCCGUUGUAGCGCCAGCCCCGGCACACAGCCCUGCGGUGGAGGAAGCGGCACACGUCCCCUCGGUUUCCCAGAGCACAAACAAACCUGUUGCCCAGCCACUCGGACCCCCAGUGCUGAGCGCCCAGCGCCCGGAGAAGAAAGUCGAGAGGGCGGAGCCUCUGGUUCCCAAAGCGGCCGUCGUGGUGCCGGCCCCUCCAGCUGUGACCACCACCAGCCCGGCCUCAGCGCAGCCUGUCGUGGCCCCCCGGCCUCAGCCCACUGCUGCCCCCGCUCCGGUUAAAACCAACACUCCAAGCCCUGCUACCGUCACCGUCGCCCCACCCGCACAGGAGCCUCGUAAGCUCAGCUAUGCCGAGGUGUGCCAGCGACCACCUGUAGCCCCCCCCCCCCCUCCGGCGGCGCCAGCAGCCCCUGCCUUGGCGGGCCCCGCGUCCCCCCCCACGGCCCCCGGUCAGCCGCUGCGCGAGCUGCGGGUGAACAAGGCGGAGGAGCCUGGCUCCAGCAGCGGGCCCGAGGACAAGCAGGAGAGGGCCCACGACCGGGAGGGCGGCUGGGAGUGCAAGGAGAGCCGACCGCCGCGGGACCGUGACGGCCAGGGCCACUACCGCAGGAACGGACCCCGGGGAACCGGGGCCCUCAAGUUCCGAGACCAGAGACGCCCCCCACCGGCCCGCCGAAGCUCCCCGCAGGGGGGCUACAGACACACUGGCAAAGAGCAGAACAUCCCGCCCGUAUCGCCAAAGUAAAACAAAAACAAACUUGAUUAUGAAAGAUGUUGGAAUAUAUAUAUAUAUAAAUAUAUAUAUAAAAUAUAUAUAUAUAUUAAAAAAAAUAACCUAUAAAAGCAACAACCUUAUGGUAGCCACCUCCCCCUGCCCUGGAACUUUUGUCCAAAGAAAAGCUUUUCAAAUGACAGUAAGACUGGGGACAUCCAGGACUAAAGAGCAAGCAAGGGGGAACUUUUGAGAGUCAAUCCAAAAGGAAAGGUAAAAAAAAAACGAAAAGAGGUUGGUUUUCUCUGCGGGCGGUUUUCCUUCAGCUCCGCUGGGGAGAGGUGGGGAGCUGGCCCUGUAACGGCCCUCCACCCGCUUGAUUUGAAAGAAUAGCUGUUGGUCUGCAACAAACAUAUGCACUAAGAAGAAAAGGAGAUGCAUAAAUGUUAUGUACAUAUACAAAGAUAUCACUAAUGCGCAAUGAGACAUCAUUUUUCUUUGUUCCCUGUGUGCUUGUGGUUGCCAGAAGGGUUUACUGAUGUUGAUGUAUGCAUUGAUUGUUAAGCGAGCAGUUUGGAGUGCUACACGUUGCUGUUGCACUGAGUAUAAUGAAAUGGCUGAUUUUAAUGUGUUUUUUUUUCUUCAAAUUUGUUAAAUUUCCGCUGCAAAGCUGAAUCUUUGUCCUGAAACUGGACGGUGUGGUCGUCGGAUGUACGAUGGAUAAUAAUGAAGUGUGUGCUAAAGCGGUAUUUUUUUAGACUUGGUAAAAUGGGCAUCAACGCACCUGUGAGAAAUGGUAAUGAAAACCCAUUACCCAUGUGGCUGUGUGUGUGGCAGGAGGGUGAUUAAGUUUGAAGCUUAAGUCCACAAGCCUACUCGUUGGGUCCAGAAUUUGAUUGUUAUAGGUAGUUUAAUCGAAGGUAGUUUAAUCUACUCCCACUAAUGGAUUUGGAACGUACACAUGGUAUCAGUCAAGCUCUCUGUUUACGUGUCUCCACAUAAUAGGAUGGUAACUUUUUUUCUUUAAAGCAACUAAGGAGUAUGCUAAUGAUCAGAUAUAAAUGUAAUACGCUCAAUGGUAUGGUCUAGACUUGGCUUAUCUACAUGAAACCCCGGCUAUCAAGGUUACGUUGAUAUUUGUGUAUUUGUUCUUAACAAGGUUAUAGUGUCAAAAGUAGGCUGUAGACUUCUGUUGCCAAGGACAAUGACAAACAUGUGGCCGCCACUUCAAGGGUACACGAAGAUCUGACCAUUUCCAUGUGCUAUGUGCCAGCUGCCUAUGAUCAUAGUGGAUAAAUAAAGGUUACGUUUCUUUCAACUACAAAACAUUAACCUUUUUGAAAGUCUGCAAAGUAAGGUAGUCUUUCAGGAGUUACAUUGAGCCUAGUUAAACUAGAGCCUUGGAAAAAAAACUAGAGGUAUAGCUGCCUAUGCUUUAUUGUGAUAACCCUUCAAUAGAGGUGUGUGUGUGGGAGAAUGUAUUCUAACUAUGAGCUUGCAGAGGAAAGCUUUUCACCAGAUUGUGUUGUGGUUUUUAGGUUGAGUUUUCCGUUUGACUUAGAUUUUACAGUUUGACACACUGUAUGUUUUGUUUUAUUUAAUCCCGCAGUGCAACGCUUUUUCCCCCAAUCUUGGUAGGCUGGUUUCCCCAAAGUUGUGCGAAAUCGCAUUGGCAAACAAAAAAAAGGUUUGACCCCCUCCCUCUCCCCCAAACAAAAUCACUCAAAGAUAUUGUAUAUUGUUUGUGAGAAUAAGUGGUGCGUUCACUUUGGGUUUAGUGAUGCAGUUAAUAUCACAAAUUGAUCACUGGGGCUGUUAUUACUUUUUAAUUGCAUUGGAGCAGCUAGUGAUUUAGUGUAAUAAAAAUAAUUGCACUAACUUGUUUUUAAAGGAGAAUCUUACUCAUAAGAAAUGUGAAAUCAUAUUAGAAACAUGGUAAUAUUGAUGUUGACAGACUUGCAAGAAACUGCAGGAAUUUUUCUUUUGUUAUUCAUGUUUGGGUUAUUUUCUGUUGAUUUGGGUUGGGUGGCAAAAGGAAAUAUAGUAAUGGAUCGACUUAAGUGUUUGAGACACAAUUCUAGGCCUGUAUGAAAUGUCACAAAAAAAUAAAUUAUUUUGAUUUGG